AUGACUCCAGGAGCUCGUCUCUUCCACCCCAGAAUCACCGCAUUCUAUCUCCUCCUCUUCGACGACCUCGACGACCUCAUUAUGAACUAUACCAACAACAACGGCACUUUCAUCCCCAAUGUUACUACUGUUGGGUUUCAUUGGAUCGGUCAGCGCUACUAUGGUACCUUCCUGCAUGUGCGUGAGACAACUGGCGGCCCUCGUCUCGUCGUCAGGUUCGUCGACCGCACCACAUUUGCCGUAGACGACGGCGUUGGCGUGCCGGUCACCGGUCUGCCCUUUGAGCCUUGGAACUUGGAGGUGGACUCCACGGACAACUUGAUCGUUGAGUACUACAUAGUUUUGCCUUCGACCACGACUCACCUACAACACGUAUCGACUUACACAGCAUUGGGGUGGGGUAUUGAAAAUCUACCUGCCAGGCAGACCUUAGUCUUCCUCGUCUCAACAAGUCUGCUGUUAAGCACCCUUGUCCUUCAAAAGUUUGGCAACAUGUGCUGGGGUUCGCAGUGUAUUUGUCAACGGAAAAGUCUUCCCAAGGACUUGUGGUCCUGGAGACGUCCCGGUGAUUAUAACGCCUACAGGCUCAUUUGGGAUACCUUUAUUCCUCUGCUUGAACAGAAAGGCCUUCGUCUCUGGAAUGCCUGUUCGGGGUGUCAGUAUCAAGGUAAAAUAUUGCCUUGCGCUGACAACUACGUAUUUCUGGGCCCAAACUCUGUUAGCAACUAUAGCAUGUCCCGGAUGCGGCAGUACAUCUCGAACAACGGCUUGUCGCAUGCUGCUCGAAGUGCCGAUCGAAGGGACUUCAUUCUUCGCAUUGUCACAGCCGGUGAUCAAGGCCAAGAUCAUCUCGACAUCAUGAGGCGUCUCAGUCUUUCCCCUGAUAUUCUUCGAGGGAACAAUCAUAUCCUACCUAUGGUGAAGGAGAUUGUUUUCGCCGAUAUUGUGAUCGGUGUAUUCCCUCGAGUCAUGUUCAGCCUGCAGGAGGCCAUCGAUCCGUGUUACAUGAACUCCGUGGAAGAUGUUCUUUACAUGAUACUUCAAGCUUUGGAGGGUAUCAAAUAUAUUCAUGAAAAUCUAAUCGCCCACCGCGAUCUCUUUCUCACCAACUUCAUGGUCGAAUGGAUGCCGGAAUCCAUCAACGAACGUGGUGGGAUGACUCGUCCCCGCGUCUAUGUUAUCGACUUCGAAACAGCAGUCGCAUUUUCUGAAGACCUUCCGGAAUCUCAACGCGUGCUCUCAGAGGUCCCAUUCCCAGUACCUGAGUAUAGUCGACAGCGAGCACCCGAGUGGCGGGAGGGGAAGCCUUACUGCCCGUUCCGUAUGGACAUUUGGCAGUUUGGCUCCAAUCUCCGCGAUGACUACCCAACAGGGAUCCCAGAGGUUGAUCAUUUGUGGGCCGACCUCGCAGCUGAUGAACCCGAUCAUCGGCCGACUGCUGGGGAGGCGAUGUUGAGACUCGAUACACUGCUGCGGGAGACUCCUCCCUCCAAGUUUCAUGAGAGUGAAAUGAACGCCACAUCUGGGGGUAGUUUGGAGGUCCUGAGCACGCUGUUCUUUCACAGGAAGGAGCGUGAUUAUCAUGGAAAACCUUUGCCAGUGGCUUUCCUACAUGUCACGCUGAUACCUGUAGACACCCUGCUAGCGAAACGUAUGUAG